AUGGCCAAAGCCAGGACCUCGCAGCGCAAGUCGCACCGCAGAGCUUCCGCGCGCAAGCAACGCCCACCCCAUUCCCCCGAAAUGCCUCCCUUCAAGGAUGAGCACAUCCUACUAAUUGCGCCAGGUUCGGAGACGACCUUGGCGCAACUCGGCCUGCCCGAAACGUUCACGCCCGCGCGAUGCCGUUUCCCCACGCGCAUGUUUCCCGCAGAGAAAACGGGAGAAUAUGAGCCAUAUCGUAUCCGUGAGAAGCGCCAGCAAGUCAAGGUCAACAAUGGCACAUCUGCGCCUGAGGCAUCGAAGGAGGACGUGGAGAUGAAAGAUGCCACCAAGCCGGGGCAAGAGGGGGCCGCGAAUGCGGAAUCUGCAGAGAAGCCAAGUGGUGAAGGCACCGAGGCAGAAAAGGCCAAUGAGGAAUCAACGCAGACGGUGGAAGAGGUCUACUACGAAGAGGACGUCGCCUCCGAUGAGGGCGCAAUUUAUCCCAUGGAGAACGGGCGCAUCGUCGACUGGCCUUGCUUCUUUGCUCUGUUGACCCAUAUCUACAAUGCCCUGAGCCCGCCCUUCCACACCCCGAUCUUACUUAUCGCCGAGCCCGUUUGGACUGCGCGCGAUCGCGAGGCCAUUACCCAGUUCGUCUUUGAAAAGUUCAAGGUCCCCGCCUUCAGCCUGAUGGACUCUGCGCUUGCUGUCUGUUAUGGCUACGGUACAUCGACUGCGACUGUCGUUGACGUGGGCAAGGGAAAGGUCGAUGUGACCGCCGUCACAGAUUUCGUGGUCAACGAACACGGCCGGGGAAUUGCACUGGAAGGAUGUGGUGGAGAUGCUAUGACCGAUCGACUCGUAGAGCUGCUUGGCUCGAAGGGAUUCACCCGGGAAAUGUGCAAGCAGCUCAAGAGAAGCAACAUCACCGAGAUUCUUCCCCCGGGAACUCCACUGCCUGGUGCCGCGGCCACUGCUCGCCAGGGUGCCAACCCCGCCACUGCAGCCUCGACUGGAUCAACAGACGCAGGAAAUGAAUCCGCACCCCGUGGGCCAGGAGAUGGUACUCAAACAGGCACGGAGGGUGGUAACGGAGAAGAAGAGGGUGUCUUGGAUGUGGCGGCCAUUGUCAGCGGCGACACCAAUGAAUACCUCGCCAACAUUGAGAAGGAGAAGUCGACGACCAAAAAGGGUGCAGUCGAUCCCAAGCAGCCUCGUCUUCCCAAUUCCAAGAAGGAAAAGGCCUCGUUCCAGUUCGAAGAGUUUGUGCAGCUGGAAGAAGAGAAUGCUGCUGCCAGUGGUUCCAAGCGAUACAUUCGUCAAUCGCGUGAGAUUGAAGUCAGCGUCGAACGCUUUCUUCUGACGACGCCUCGGCAGCAGACCGGGGAUCGUCUCAGCAACAUGAUCCUGGAGGACAUUGCAACCCAGAUCCAUCAUACCAUUCUCGCCGUCCCAGAUGCUACAAAACGAAGCGAGCUCUGGGACUCUCUCAUUAUCGUUGGAAAUGGCAGCAAAGUAAAGGGCUUCGUCCAGGCUUUGCUUGGUGUCAUCACCCAGAAGUUCAUCCUGUCUCCCUCCGCCACGAUCUUCACAUCUGAGAUUCCAUCCGCCUUUACCACGCCUCUCCCCACCGGUGGCACCAACACACCGGUUUCCAUGGGCCAACCCGGGCCGAUGUACCAUCCGGCAGCGCAUGGCGUCAACCCGCUGCUUGUUGCCGCAACUCAUAACAACCCCGGCAUGGCAAAUAUGCCCCCGGGCACGCCUUCCAUGGAUCCCAACGCUGUUUCACAUUACCGUUCAACCGGCCACUCUCAAAACCCUACUUCCGUCAAGACUCUGAAGCCCCCCGAGUAUUUCCCCGACUUCAAGGAUCAGGGCAACCUCAACGGCCCUGGUGCCAGCGCAAGUGGUGUUGCAGGCUCCGGUCCCGGAGGUGCUGCUACGUCCACCCCCGGCAGCCACGGUAUGGAAGAGGCCGUUUUCCUUGGUGCCCAGAUGGCUGCCAAGGUGUUCUUUGUGGUUGAUCAGGGUCUCAGCAAGGGCUAUAUGAGCCGUGUCGAGUACAACGAAAGCGGGCCAUCGGCAAUUCACGAGUACACCGUGUAA